CCCGGAAAUUAAAUCCACAAUCAAAAGAAGUCCGCCACGUGGUUAUAACAUGGGCGCGCCUUCCGGGAAAAUCAACCGGCCGCGGACGGAGCUGCGGAAAAAACUCUUCAAAAGGCGCCGCGUCCUGAGCAAACAGAAGAGAAGGAAACAUCGGAUCGUGGGAGCUGUGGUGGAUGAAGGUCUUAUCACCAUUCACCAUCUGAAAAAGCGAUCAUCUAGUUCUCGGGCAAACAUCACCCUCUCAGGGAAGAAGAAAAGAAAACUACUGAAACAACUGCGCCAUGCCACUAAGGAGAAAACAGAGAUGCAGGUUGAUGCCGCUCCAGCUCAGGGUGGAAAGAGGAAGAAGAAAAAGGAGGUAACUCCAUCAGGCUGUCCAGAUGUGGAGAUGGCAGAAGCGGACAUUACACCUGCAUUGGAAAGCUGAGCCUGGCCUCUGAAAUCUUGAAACCCAGUUCCUUGCUCUCUUUUCCAGCCUACCAGUAGCAGCAUUCUUGGAAGAUGAGGGUAGGGCUGGGAGGGGGAGAGACAGGCUGCCAAAACACCUAGAAAACUCAGCUUCUGAACUAGUUUAGCACCCUAAAGUUUGUUUGCUUUUGAAAGUAAUUGAAACCCAUUAAACCAAGAUCUGAGAGGUGUGAGUGUUCCUUUUUCUCUUGGCGAGCAUCCCUCGAUUCCUGAAUUUGAGGAGCUACAAAAUAUUUUAAAGUUUGUCGGGCCUGAUGUUGCACCUUAAAGGGGUGUUCAAUAAGAGACAGGCUUUACAUGUAGGGUGUGGACUAGUUUUUAAAGAAUUCCAGUGACUCUGCUGGAUUAUGGCACAGAUACCUGGAACUGCACGUGUGUUUAGUAAAUUUGCACAUAUGUGAGAUGGCAACUUUUUAAGUGUCGGUGACCAAUUUCAAUUGAAAGGGAAGUGCAGAGGCAAAGAUUUCUGUUUUCCACUUGUUGAAAUUGUUUGUGUUCUGAUCCAUACAAUAAAAUGGCCCAAAAAACUC